GUAAGCCAAUCACAGACACGGCAAACGCUAAGGAAAGGGAAAAAACUAAAGCUACAGCAGAGAGGAAAUCAUGUUGUGAAAAAUGUGUGUUUGUGUCGCUUCCAUGGUUUUUAACACAUUUCUGAAUAACUGAGCGUGUUGAUGUGAGGAUUAUCUGUCGCCAGCAGCAGCGGUUUGAAUUCAUGGACAAAGACAAGAGCCACGAAACUUGAUCUGUACACACCGUGUCUCUGUGUCGCUGAACUCACGUGUCUGUGCUUCAGCAUGCUCCAUGCUCCUGGAUGGAGAUGCAUCAGUUCAUUGGGGAGCUCAUCACAUCUGGAAACACCUCCAAGGAUCAGCCAGAUGUGCUAAACGCAGCCUGGGGCAUGAGUGGAGGAGCUGGAGCGGCUCUGGGGUUCAAAGCCGCUUCGCUCGAGCCUCUGCAACAUCCUCCACCUGCGCUGGACAAGACGGAGGCAGAGGCCGGCCGACACACCCAGCCUCGGUCCCCUCAGAGGAAAGGAGAGGCCGGGGACAGAAGAGAAGGUGUGCAUCACGCCUGCACCUGCCCUGGCUGCCCUUACUCCACGUCCCCGCCUUCCUUUGAGACCUUGAAACCCAGACAAUCUCUGUCUUCGAUGGGGAGGUCAGACGCCGUGUGCCACCCCAAAGACCUCAGCGUGUGCCUCCCGGACACCACCGGACAAAGCAGCAGCAGCAGCGGCGCAUCCGAGUUAGGGACCAGGACGUCGGGCCGGCUGCAGGGGGAGGACGCAGACAGAGGGACCCAGGGCCCGAACCAGAACUCAGAGGCUCAUCCAUCCAGAGCGUCCUCUAGCUCCUUGUCCAGUCUGUCCGUGUUCCCCUGCCUGUGCUGCCAUCGCAGCCUCCAGCCGUGCAGUCAGUCGCCAAGCAGCCAGGACGGCUCAGAUUCGCCGCUUUCCCAAACCCACGCCCAUCAUCAUUUUCAUCACCACCACUGCCCUCUGACCUCUUGUUUUUCCUGCCCUCAUCUUGCCCACUCUAGCUCCCAGCAGCUGUCUGGUCCCUUUCCCUGCUUCUCCUGCCAGCGCUCCUUUCCCACCUGCCCUCAGGUCUUCCACAACCAGCAGAGGCCGACACAGCAGCGGGAGGAGAGAGGCAGGCCGGCCGCCCCGCUGCUGUCGCUGCACCCCUGCAUGCACUGCUCUGCCUCCUUUACACGACCGUCCCAGCUGUUGCAGCACCAGCGCUCCGAGCACGCCCACAAGCCGUCGGGCUUCAUCUGCACGGAAUGCGGCAGGGCCUUCAACUCCCACAGCAACCUGCGCAUCCAUCUCAACGUGCACACCGGAGCCCGGCCCUACACCUGCUCCGACUGCGGGAAGAGCUUUAGCCAAUCAGGGGCUCUGAAGAUCCACAGGCGGAUUCACACAGGGGAGAGGCCGUAUUCCUGCGGGUUCUGCGGCAGGGGGUUCCCCCAUCUAGCUGGGGUCCGGGCCCACCAGAGGACCCACACCGGAGAGAAGCCGUACCGCUGCAGCCAGUGUGGGAAAUGUUUCACGCAGUCGGGGGCUUUGAAGAUUCACACCCGCAUCCACACAGGAGAGAGGCCCUUCAUCUGCAGCCUCUGUGGGAAAAGCUUCUCCAACCGCUCUGGGAUCCGCUUCCACUACCGCACAGUCCACGGCCUGGCGUUCGAAAAUGCAGGUGAAGCUGGGGCUGGGGGAGCGCAUGGUGGGGCAGCAGGCCGGGGUUAUCCCAGGACUUUGCCCCCGGCCAGUGUUGGCCAAAAUGCACCCAACAGGACGGAUAGUGAAUCACAUCCACCUGCGACUUCCAGAGAAUCUGCUGAGUCGACCGCUGCUGAAGCAAGAAACCCAGGCAGUAACAGAGAGCGGCUUCUGUACACAUGUGAAGACUGUGGCCUGCGUUUUAAAGAUGCCCCGUCCAGGAACAGACACCAGACCCUGGAGCACUACUCCUCUGAGGGGAGAGACGAGGAGGAGGGGGUUGGAGCAGAGGAAAGAGUUAAGCACAAAUGAGAAGGUCCAGGGUAAAGGGGGAGAGUGAAUCAAUGAGAGAUGAUACCACUUUGCGUAUCAGCCUAAAACAACAAUUUUCGACAGUUACCAUUUUUGGUAUCGAUAUCAGAACAUACCUAAAAUGAAUGUUGUUGGGGCAUCAACAACACCAAAGUAUGUAAAGUUUUUAAGUGUUUAAAAAAUAUUUGUGUGGAACAUAUAUAUUCUUGUUAUUGAACUACUUCUUUUUGAGCUAUGUGGCUUUAAAAUAAGUUUUCUCUGAAUAGACUUAAAAAUUUUUUUCACCCCUUAAAGGUUUUCAAGGAGAGAUUCUGUACACAUAAUAUGCACUUGUUCCAAUUAUCAAAGCAAAAUAGUCUUAAUAGUUCUUCAGCCUUUAAUUGAUCAUUGUUAGAUUUUCUAUUAGUGAGAUAAUCAGGUGUGUGUGUAGCUUCAUGCUAUUGGCUUAAAGUCGAUGCUGCAGUAACACACCCACACACCAGGCCAACGUCUGAACGGUUUUCAGUCGUUUUAUUGUGCCUUAUCCAGCAGUGGAAGAAGCUGUAUUCUUCUUGUUUUAUUAGAGCCACAAAAAACAAUCACAAAAUUCCCCAGGAAUUACAACACUUUAGUAACAGUUUCAGAUAGAACGGAGGGCUGUCUCUACCACCUGGUCUCAUUGUAAUCAGAAAAGUAAUAUUUUUUAUCUUAAAUAUAUAUCAUAUAUUUUUGUCGUAUCAGUUGAAUUAAAUUAUGUUAUUGAACUGUUUAUGACCUUUAUAUCUCAUAUGAAAAUAGCUAAUUUACUUUAUUUGUGCUUCUCACUGAGAAAAAUGUUCAAAGUUGAAUAAGCAACGAAGAGGCCACACCCUGGCUCCUUUAGUAUUAGUAUAGUUUUUGUUGUUGUGAUGAAAGCUCUGGAGUUGGUCCAAGUCUUGCUCUAGGAAACUGCAGUAGUUUAAAUAACAUCUGAAGUCCUCUCUCCCAAUAACGUCGUAACCUUGCCUAUUGUGCCUUUCUGUAUUAAAGCAUAUUUGAAACCAGUAUUUGUUUGUUACUGUACAAUGUACGUUAUAAAUGGAUGAUGGUUAUCUGAGGAACAACAACCUGCCGAUUAAAGACAACAAUCCACUAUUGUUAGAUAUUCAAAGAGAGCCACCUAGUGGUUAUUUAAAAUCACAGCAACAUCUGAACCACUUCGUUACAGUGAACCAUUUAAAGUGCUUCUUAAAUGUUUCCUCUUUACAAAACACGUUGAAAUGACACUUUGUGAAUACAAGGUUUGGUGAGUUCGAGUAACAUUCAGUUGUUUGCAUUAACCUGUUAAACAGACUGAUCCAUACAUUACUGUAUGUAUUUUCUGAAAGUGCAGCACAUGACAACAAUAAACAGUAUCUCUGAGACACAACUGAA